AUGACGAGAGGAGAUGAUAAGUUUCACCAUCCCUACGAACCUUAUGAUAUUCAGCUACAACUAAUGGGCGAGAUAUAUGAAGCCAUAGAUAAAGGCUUCAAAGUGGGUCUUUUUGAGAGCCCCACCGGCACAGGGAAAACCCUUUCGUUAAUAUGUGCCACGAUGAGCUGGUUAAGAAAGCAUAAGAAUACUAAUCUCACCACGUCACACAGUGGCGAUUCAGAAUCUGAAUCUGAACCGGAGUGGGUCAAAACAGCAUACAAGAAGAAGGUUUUGUCAAGACACCAAGGGGAGCGAAAAGAGUUUGAAAUGCAUUUAGAGGAGGCAUCACAAGAAUACGAAAAGAAAAUAGCCAAGGUACAUGAAUUGCCAGAGAAGAGGCUUAAGACAUCCUACGAAGACGAUUAUAUUCCAGCAGAUUACCAUAGUGAUAUUGAAGGUACUGACCACAAUGAGCAGUUAAAGGAUGAAAUAUCGAGACUCUUGAAAAGAGUUGAUGAUGGACCAUCCAAUAGAAUAGACAUGGGAACAUUGGAAGAUGAUUCUACCAAGAUAUUCUUCUCAUCAAGAACACACACACAAUUGGGCCAGUUUUCGGGUCAAUUGGCUUUAACUACUUUCGAGUCUUCUCUCUAUGACAUGUCUGAACGAGUCAAAUACCUUCCCAUGGGUUCAAGAAAGCAGCUAUGUAUACACCCCAAGAUAUCCAAGUUAUCUAAUACCGAGUCCAUCAAUGAAGCGUGUGGGGAACUCGCGAAGAAGGAGCUGAAAUGUGAGUUCGUGUGUAACACCAAGGUUGAAGGUAUCAAACAACAGUUUAAUGACUAUAGUCUUACGAAGAUUCACGAUAUCCAAGAGUUGAAGCAAUUGGGAGAAUACUUAAAAAUUUGUCCAUACUAUUCGGUUAGGAAUAACCUCAAAAUGACAGAGGUCAUUUCAUUACCGUAUCAAAUGCUAUUGGAGGAAAAUGCAAGAGACAGUUUGAACAUAAAUAUCAAGAAUUCCAUAAUCAUAGUCGAUGAGGCACAUAACCUAUUAGAUACCAUAAAUGCCUUAAACUCUGCGGCAAUUUCCGCUGAAGAACUAACGUCUUUGAAUCAGUCAUUGAAAUUGUAUUUCAACAAGUUCAUAAAGAGGCUCAACCCUGGGAAUAGAAUCAAUAUUAUGAAGCUCAUCAAAAUUUGCAGCAUUUUGCAUAAAUUUAUUGUCUACAACAGAGAUAACAAGUUAGCCAAAACGGGUGGAAAGAUAAAGAUUAAUGAUAUAUUUAUUGAUAACACUGGAGAUUUGUUCAACAUCCAUAAGUUAAAUGAAUACUUAAAGACGUCCAAGAUUGCAUUCAAAAUAGAGACCUAUUUGGAAAAGAAUGUGGAAAAUUAUCAAACUACUUCUAAUCCGUUACUAUUUAAAUUGGUGACAUUUUUGAGGGCCCUAAGCAAUCCAACAAAUGAAGGUAGCUUUUUUUGGGACCUGACUCUGCCAGAUGACUUAUCCAUUAAGUAUUUGUUGCUCGAUCCCUCUGAGAUUUUCAAACCAAUUGUUGAGGACUGUAAAUGCUUGAUCUUAGCAGGCGGAACAAUGGAGCCUAUGAGUGAUUAUACCGAGUAUCUUUUCCCUUAUCUACCAACCACCCAAAUCAAGCAGUUUUCUUGUGACCACAUUAUUCCGAUAGAAAAUUUGAAGGUUCUACCAAUUGGUUCAUAUAAGAAUCAAAUUCUUGACUUUCUGUUCAAAAAUCGGAACAACAGUACACUAAUCCUAAGGUUAGGCGAAUGUUUGAUUGAGAUAAUGAAAAACACCCCCGACGGCACAGUUGUGUUCUUGCCUAGUUACAAGUACUUGAACCAUAUUGUUGCUGAAUGGAAACAAAUGGGAAUUUGGAAACAAAUGGAGGCACUUAAGUCGUCACUAUUUGUUGAGCCAUCUUCAUCAAGUCAAGUUGAUGAAGUGCUUAAAAAAUAUUCCAGAGCUAUCAAGACUGGUAAAGGAGCUGUGCUUUUCUCUGUUGUCGGAGGUAAACUCUCUGAAGGUAUUAACUUUCUGGAUGAACUUGCAAGAGCUGUUAUAAUGGUUGGUUUACCAUAUCCGAAUUUAAUGUCAGGAGAACUUAUAGCCAGGAAGAAAUUUAUUGAAGAAACCACUUUCCUUAAGACAGGAUCAAAACUGAUGGCAUUAGAUAAUAGCAGGCAAUUUAUCGAAAACAUUUGCAUGAGAUCUAUCAACCAAAGUAUAGGAAGAAGUAUUCGGCAUAUCAAUGAUUACUCAAUGAUAUAUUUAUUUGAUCAUAGAUAUCACCAGAAAUCUGUCCAAAACAAGCUCAGUGGAUGGAUCAAGCGCCGAAUCCUUGACCAAUUACCUUUUCCCGAAGUAAUACAACACACGAACGACUUUUUUAUGACCAAAUCCCUCAAGAAGUUAACUUAA